AUGGCGUCGAGGCAAAUGGAAGAGAUUCGGAAGAAAUUAGCGGACCUAAAUUACCCGAGAGCGAAUGCACCUGCACAGUCGCUCCUAUUUGCUGGCAUGGAGCGCUAUGCCCUUCUGGAGUGGCUCUUCUUUCGGCUUUUAGGUGAUAAGUCACCCUUUUCUCAACAAAACUUACAAGGGGAUGGUCUUGAUCGUGAUGAGGAGACGGGACGAAUUCAGUAUUUGGCAGAGAUUGCUAAGUUUCUGGGUAUUACAACAACUGUAGAUACGGAAGCCAUUCAGGGGCAUGGAAGCUAUGAAGACCGCACUGAAAUGCUUCGUCUUAUUGUAGAUCUAGUGGAGGCAACAAUAUGUGCAGAUAAUCCGGAAUGGAGUGUUGACGAGCAGGUAGCCAAGGACAUCCAAUUGAUAGAUUCCAUUGCAGAGAAACAAGCUCAAAUAUUUUCUGAAGAAUGCAAAUUGUUUCCUGCGGAUGUUCAGAUUCAGUCCAUAUAUCCAUUGCCAGAUGUUUCUGAGCUGGAAUCAAAGUUUUCUGAACAAUCAAAAAUAUUGUUGAAUCUUCAACAAAAAGUUGAUGACUUGGCAUCCAAGCAUGCUUACAAUCCAGAUGAGGAGUAUACUGAGGUGGAAUCCCAACUGAGGGCACAUUUGGAAUCUUUCCUAGAAACAGCUAGGGCAUUCAAUUUGAUUUACACUAAGGAAAUUCGACCGUGGACACACAUGAUGGAGGUUCCACAACUUCAUGGAUUUGGACCAGCAGCCAAUCGUUUAUUGGAGGCCUAUAAAAUGCUCUUGAAGGUAAGCAUCCUGUCUGCAGUGUCAAAUGUCUGGAUGACUAAUAGAGAUCAAGUAGAUGUUGAGAUUGCAAGCUUGAGUGACUCUACCGGUGGUUCUGCUAUUGAUGACC